AGGAAGCAUUGGAGAUGGCAAAGAGAAGCAAUCAUUGAACUUAAUUAUUGGUCCUGAAAUGAUUAUGAAUCAUGAUCAAUAUUUAGUCCACUUGGUCCCCCUUGGACCCUACUUUGAUCAAUAAUACGAGUCGGGCACUUUCUUAGCUGUCUUUUUCUUUCACUUUAAAAUAUCUGGACUGACCAAGUAAUCGAGAGGACGAAGGAGGUCUUGAGGGCCCCAUUUUCUUAGGUGUAUUUAGUAAUGAUACUACUGGCCAAGAAAAUUUGAUCAAGAUUCCAUGUGCUUCUUGUUGUCCUACUCAAUUUACCCGACCACAAAAAGGCACUUGCGCACAUUCCAAUAUUAUAUCCGAUACUCAAUUUGAUACGGUCACAGAUUCAGAAUAUAUAUAACAGCUGCCUGAAAGUGAUGAAAGUUCUAGCAAGGGGUAGUGAAAGAACCAAAGGGAAUCUCUUUGCCUUCGGAUUGUAUCUGUCACCAAUGUCAACAUUUAAUAGAAUUAUCAGAAACAGGUCAACAGAACAAUUUUCUGGAAUGCCUUACAUAUAUGGCCUUAUGAAUUGCUUGAUAUGUUGCUGGUAUGGAAUGCCUAUAGUGAAGAGUGGCAUUAUACUGGUGGCUACAGUCAAUUCAGUUGGGACUGUUUUCCAGUUAGUCUACUUGAGCAUUUUCAUUUCUUACGCCGAAAGAGCGAUUAAGAUAAGGAUGUUGGCAUUGUUAAUUGCAGUUUUUGUUAUAUUUGCGUCCAUUGUCUUUGUCAGCUUAAGUUGUUUCGACUACAAUGGAAGGCAAUUCUUCGUCGGAUACUUGAGUAUUGCUUCACUAAUUUUCAUGUAUGGUUCGCCAUUGAUUGUCAUUAAUUUGGUGAUCAAAACAAAAAGCGUUGAGUUCAUGCCGUUUAAUCUUUCUUUUGCAACUUUCUUAGUGAGUUUCUCAUUCACUACAUACGGAGUGUUCAAGAUGGACCCUUUUCUCUAUAUGCCAAAUGGUAUUGGCACACUUUUAGCCCUUGUACAGUUGAUUCUGUACUGCCACUACAACAAUUCAUCUAAAGAAGACACGGAAGAAGAAGAAGAACCAUUGCUAGCUGAAUAUCCGUGACCGAAUUUCCUUUGGAGAAAUGCAUGGCCUUCGGUACAAAAUUUACUUUGGAGAAAUGUCAUCAGUUUCUUCAAACUAUACGUCGUUGUGUAUAAAAUGUUACAGUGAGAGAACUGUAUCAGAUUUUGAAGAAAGUUUUCUUAUUUAAUUGUGCAAAUCCUUUUAUUUUUGGUGUAAAAUAUUGUUCAAUUUAUACUUUAAGUUACCGCCUUUUUGUCCAAGUAGCAUUUCCUUAGAAGCUAACUGGAAAAUGAGGGUUCUCCUUGAGAGACAUUAGUAAGAAUAGGUCAUGUACAGAGACCAGGAAAGUAAAUCUUGUGUAACACUGGUCUAUUAGGUAAAUGUAUCUUACAUGCAUUCUAAGAGUGAAUCUGAUGUAUUAUUUGUAGA